GCGGCAACGGCGGAAACCUAUAUAAGGCCCCGGAACCCCGCAUGCGCGCGGCAGACGGUUGGCUAGUUCCCUCGGAGAGGAGAAGAUGUCGCGCUACGGCCGAUACGGAGGCGAAACCAAAGUGUAUGUUGGGAAUUUAGGAACAGGUGCUGGCAAAGGAGAGCUUGAGAGAGCCUUUAGCUACUAUGGGCCGUUACGAACAGUGUGGAUUGCACGAAACCCUCCAGGAUUUGCGUUUGUUGAGUUUGAAGACCCGAGAGAUGCUGAAGAUGCAGUUCGUGGCCUAGAUGGAAAGGUGAUCUGUGGCUCCAGGGUUAGAGUGGAGUUGUCAACUGGUAUGCCUCGCCGAUCUCGCUAUGAUAGACCUCCAGCACGGCGGCCAUUUGAUCCUAAUGAUAGGUGUUAUGAAUGUGGCGAGAAAGGUCAUUAUGCUUAUGAUUGUCAUCGCUAUAGCCGUCGGCGGAGAAGCAGGUCACGGUCUCGUUCUCAUUCAAGGUCCAGAGGAAGGAGAUACUCUCGCUCACGCAGCCGAAGUCGUGGCAGGAGAUCCAGGUCUAUCUCUGCUCGCAGAUCUAGAUCGCUUUCUCCGCGUAGAUCCAGGUCUAUCUCGCCACGCAGAUCUCGUUCGGGUUCUUUAAAGAGAUCAAGGUCUCGAUCCAGAUCAAGGUCUAGGUCCAGAUCCAUUUCACGACCCAGAAGCAGCCGUUCCAAAUCAAGAUCAGCAUCUCUAAAGAGAAGUUUUGAUAUGAGCCAUUUAUAUCCAUUCUCCAUUAACUCAGGUCGUUCACCAUCAGGAAGCCCUCGAAGGAGUGUGAGUCCUGAAAGAUUGGAUUAGAAUGACAACAUGUUUGGAAGAGUUUUGUUUACGUUAUUCUAAGGGAUUUCUUUGUUGUUAUUGAAAAAUGUAAGCAUUUAGUUGAUCAAACCCCUUUUCUAGGACUAAUGCAGCAAGGAUCUGGAUCUUCUAGUAAUAUCUGUAAAGGCUGCUCCAGUAGACUAGUGCACAAUUUCUUAUAUGUAAUAACAACUUGUGAUCUGAAAACUGGGUCUUUUUAUGGGCACAUGAAAUAAAAUGUGUAUUUCUAACUUUUGCUGUAAUGCUAUUUGCUUCUGUUAAUAUUUCAAGUGCAUGUUAAAAGCAAGUUACAAACAGCUACAUUAGUGUUGUACCUGAAUACCGUGCAAGGUUGUUGACUUAAAAUAAUUGUGGCUGUCAGUACCCUCUCUGCAUCAAGCUUAAACAUGAUUUACUUAAUUUGGUGCUUCAGGCUGCCUGAAGUUAGUUAUUUUCAUGUGCAAGGGGGGUGUUCCAGGAAGCUGCUUGUCUGUCUGGUUCUUUAAUAGUUUGUACCUGUGUCCAAGUUCCACUGUUAGCUUCAAAAGUCAAGUGUGCUUGUCAAAGAGGUUGCUCUUUAGCCACUACAGGCACAAUUUUGUAACUGAAGCAAGGUACCCUUAAGAUAAUAGCAGAUGGUGAUUUUACUUGGCUCUUAUAGAGCAGUAAAAUAGCGCUUAGGCUUUUCCUCCCUGGGAGAUAGAAAAAUAACAGACAAAUCAAAACCCUGUCUUUGAAGCUGAGAGAGGAGAUUUUAGUUUAGAACUAGUCUUUGGUCUAUUAAUAACUUAAUUUCAAGUAAAAAGAAUGUGCAGUGUGCGGAGGCCUGUUAAUUUUAACCUUGGGCUAAAAUUGUUUUUGAGCGAUUUCCUUGCCUAUAGCUGAAAACAAUGGCAUUUUUUGUUAAUGAUUUUUAAAGAAUUUUAGAAAAAGUAGUAUACUUAGGACCAAAACAGACUGCAGAAAUAAUUCAUUUUGAGACCACUUUAACUGACCUGGCUCAGUAUUAGGGAAUUUUGGGAACUGUAGUCGGUUGUUGCACCAGAGCUCUCUUAACAGAGAAGACUCAAUGCCUCACAAAACUACUGUUCCUAGAAUUCCCUAGCAUUGAGCCAGGGCAGUUAAAGUGGUCUCAAGACAUAUUAUUUCUGCAGUCUGUUUUGGCCCUUAGUUGUCAGUGGUACAUCCUAUACACCGUACAAACCAUAUGCCCACGCAGGUGUAAUUCUUCUCAUUGUGACUUCUAAAAAGGGUGUGGUUUUUUAAAUAGGUAAUGGUCAACAAUUUUUAUUGCCUGGGCUUGGCAUAAUAGUGAAUGUGCAGAAUGUAUUCUUUUGAGAGUGGGAAGACGUUGAAAGCCAAAUUCAAGCAGUUGCCUUUAUCAAACAUGUCUCAUCUGGAAAUCCCAGCUAAUGAUCUGCUGUCAACAAUGUAGAAGCUAGCUUUUAAUCAAAAUGUAACACUCACCAGGUCUUUACAGAAUUAGAUCUUGCUAUCUGCAUCAGAAUGGAUAAAUAGACUUCAGUGGGAAAAAGGCUGAAAACAGUCAUUUUAGUAUCCCUGUUAGUCAGAUAACAGUUCUUGCUUUAAACUGUCUUGAUAUGGAUAUAUUUAUGAUAUUCAAUGAAUAUGCUGUUCCUGAUUAAUAAAAAUGCUUUCCAUCUUUUAAUCAA